AUGGCUACUGCUGCUAUACUCAAGCUUCUCCUUUACCUCUUCUGGAUUUCUCUCUUAUUUCUCUCUGGAUCGUUGCAACUCUGCAUAGAGGAAGAAAGGAAGGCUCUGCUGAGCGUGAGAAGUGGUUUUCCUAGCGUCGAUAGAGUGCUAUCUCCAUGGAAGGGCAAUGAGUGUUGCAGUUGGAAUGGUGUAGGAUGCAACAGCAUCACAGGUCAUGUUAUCAAACUUGACUUCUCUUUUAGAUAUCCUUUGCAUCGUGGUAUUUUUUCCAACAGAAGCGAGGUGCAUCCUUUAUUGUUUCAUUUGAAGCAUUUGAAGUAUUUAGAUAUAAGUGGGAACAACUUAUCAAGCCAUCAAAUUCCUGGCUCGAUAGGAUCUUUAACUCAAUUGCAGCACUUGGACCUUUCGGGAUGUUGGUUCCAAGGAGAAAUUCCCUACCAACUUGGCAGUCUCUCCAACCUGCGUUACUUAUCUCUGUCUUUCAACGAGAUUUCAGGACAAAUACCAGCAUCUUUUGUCCAUCUCAGUAAUCUGCAGUUCUUGGACCUGAGCUAUAAUAACAUCAGCGGAGAGAUACCAGAAAAUAUUGGCAACCUCAGAAACAUAGAACGCUUGUUCUUCUGUUAUAAUCAGAUCGAAGGUGUAAUACCAAGAAGUAUAGGAAACUUGACUAAAAUGCUAGAUCUGAACCUUUCUGCUAAUAGAAUUGUCGGGGGAUUACCGGAGACUAUUGGCAAUCUAACUGCAUUGCAGAAGUUGGACUUAUCGGGUAAUCAGAUUAAUGGAAAGAUACCAGAUUCAAUGAGAAAUCUCCUUCAGUUGGAUGUUCUUAGUAUCUCUCAGAACAACAUAAGCGGAUCGAUUCCUGAUGCCUUGGGAAGUCUAUGCAACUUGAGUACAAUCAAUCUCUCUUAUAACAGCAUAACGGGGAGUGUUGUUGAAUUCUUUGAACAACUAUCAAGAUGCAGAAUUAACAAAGCUCUUUCCCAUGACUUGCAUGACAAUCAGUUUAGUGGUCUUUUUCCUAGUCCUUUUGAGAGGCUUCAAAGAUUAGUUUUUCUUGACCUUGGUUCCAAUCAAUUGAGCGACUCAGUUCCAGCAUCCUUGGGGAAAUUGUCUGCAUUAAUGACCUUAAGUCUAUGUUCAAACUAUUUGGUUGGAGAUAUCACAGAAGCCCACUUUGCCAAUCUCACAAAUUUAUAUUACAUGGAUAUAUCUGACAACAACUUGUCAGUCAAAGUGAGCCAAGAUUGGCUUCCUCCAUUUCAAGCAGUAGGAAUUCGAAUGGGCUCCUGCAACUUGGGACCCAGAUUUCCUCCAUGGGUGCGGAACCAAACCAUUUUAAAUGAGCUAGACAUAUCAAACAAUGGAAUAUCAGAUGCUUUUCCUGAUUGGUUUUGGAGCUCGUGCACAUCCAACUUGGAGCUAGAUGUUUCUCAAAAUCAUAUGAGAGGAAUGUUGCCACGCUCUUUAGAAUGCUUCAAGGAUGUAUGCAAAUUAAAUUUAAGUUACAACAACUUUGAAGGCUUCAUACCAAGAAUGCAACUUUCGGAUGCAUAUUUGGACUUCUCUUACAAUUCCUUCUCUGGACCUAUUCCUAGUAGCUUGGCUGAGAAUGCUGUGUAUAUGUCUUUGUCAAACAACAAAUUGAAUGGUAGUAUUCCAUCCUCCAUUUGUACAGGAAAUUUUCUAGAAGGAAUCGACCUUGGCAACAAUGAUUUAUCUGGAACACUCCCUGAUUGUUUCAGAUAUGAAUCAGAAUUGAUGAUUCUCGACGUUUCAAACAACAAGUUAUCCGGCAGGAUCCCUAGCACACUUGGAUUUUUACGAAGACUCCAAUCGGUGCACUUGAAUCACAAUAGACUCUCUGGCACAAUUCCCACAACAUUGAUACAGUGCAUUGCACUUGUGUUGGAUCGGACCAGAACUGUCAUCAUUAAGAGUCCUUUCUUUGAGGUCAAAAAUAAGUUCACCGGUGAGAUUCCAUCAAAACUCUCGUUGAUGCCUUCACUCCAAAUCUUAGAUCUUGCUCACAAUCUUUUCUCUGGUUUGUUGCCUCCUAGUUUUGGUAAUUUCACUGCUAUGAUGAAAAACCAGAACCAUAAAAUACCUUCACCACUAGACGCACUUGAUUAUUGUACCGAGAGCCUCAUUAUAUUUGCCAAAGAUUCAUCACUUAAUUUCACUACUACGCUUUCGUUUGUCAAGAGCAUUGACCUCUCGUAUAACAAUCUCUCGGGCAUGAUUCCUAAAGAGCUAACAAAUCUUAAUGGCCUCCGCUACCUCAACUUAUCUUUCAAUUUCUUUUCUGGACAAAUACCCGAGAAAAUUGGUCUUAUGGACCAAUUAGAAUCACUUGAUCUCUCAAAGAACAAUCUCUCUGGUAAAAUCCCUUCGAGUAUCUCUGCAUUAACUUUUCUAACCGUCUUAAACUUGUCUUACAACAAUCUUGUCGGGAAAAUACCGCUGGGCCCUCAACUUCAAACCUUCACCAACUUGUCUUACAUCGAAAACCCUGAGCUUUGUGGGGAACCACUUGAAAUCAAAUGUCUUGAAGACAACCAAACCAACAAUGAUGGAGUUACAGAAGAAGGGCACAUGCUUGAAGAUGGAGGAAUUUGGUAUUUUAGUGGCUUUGCUCCUGGAUUUAUAUUUGGCUUCUGGGGAUUCAUGGGCGUAAUUAUGAUCAAGAAGAGCAUAAGAAUCAAAUACAUUUUACUCAUCGAUAGCAUAAUUGGUUGGUUUAUGCAAAUGUAA